AUGCUUCUUCGCCAUCGUGGAUGGGAACAGGUAGCUCAAACAAAAACGAAACGUUCAACAGUUAUUUCUAUUCUUCGAUGGACACUUCUUCGUCAUGUAACUCAAUCACUUGAUCAAAUAAAUGAUGAAGAUACAAAAAAGAAUAUUCUUUGGGAAGAAAUAUAUUUAUGUGAUGAAGAAGCACGAAGAGAACGUUUUCGAUGUCGAAUAGAAAAAAGAAAAGAAAUAAUUGCUGCUAUGUCAGAUUCUAAUCGUUUGGAAUCUCCUUUUCAUCGAACUAUAUUUGCUACAUUAGACAUGAAAUAUAAUCCACAACCUCGUCAAUCAUAUUUUUCAUCACUUUUUCAAAAAGUUUUUCGUUGUUUUAAACAUAUUGAUCGUGUCCAUUCACCAGCUUAUAUUAUAAUAAGUGAUCUUUCACAUAAUUUUCAAACAUGUAAUCAUUUACUACCACAUGAACAUUCAACUUAUUUUCAUUCAACAAGAGAUUUAUAUAUUGAUUUAUUUGAUAAAGAUCGUUUAAUUUAUUUAACACCUGAUUCAUCUAAUGAAAUGACUCAUUUUGAUCAUAUGAUGCUGUUUAUAUUCUUGGAAGAAUAUAUGAUGAUGAAAGUAAAGAACCUUUAA